GGCAAGGAUGGUGGAGGCUUUCUGUGCUACCUGGAAGCUGACGGAGAGUCAGAACUUUGAUGAAUACAUGAAGGCGCUUGGUGUGGGCUUUGCCACUAGGCAGGUGGGCAAUGUGACUAAACCAACAGUGAUCAUCAGUCAGGAGGGGGACAGAGUGGUGAUCAGGACUCAAAGCACAUUCAAGAACACAGAGAUUAGUUUCCACCUGGGAGAAGAGUUUGAUGAAACCACGGCCGAUGACAGAAACUGUAAGUCUGUUGUUAGCCUGGAUGGAGACAAACUUGUUCAUGUACAGAAAUGGGAUGGCAAAGAAACAAAUUUUGUAAGAGAGAUUAAGGAUGGCAAAAUGGUCAUGACUCUUACUUUUGGUGAUGUGGUUGCUGUUCGCCAUUAUGAGAAGGCGUAGAAAACAUCCUGACCUGGGGCUGGAGAAGCUCUACAGUCUUUCUGUUUACUCAAGUCUCAGUGUUAAACUGCUAUUACAGUGCGGCUGAUCACUAAUUAGAAGGUUAUCUUGGUGUGGAGGUGGAAAAUGAUGACUUUCAACCUUGUUUUAAAAACUUGUUGCUGCAAGCAAUCAAAGCUAUCUUUGAUCUGCAAAUUUAUCAAAUUUUAUAAUUCACGUUAAAUUUUUAAGCUACUGUUUUUAAAAUCAAGAAGGGAAUAUGUGCUAUGAUUUCCAUUGGAAUGCA